AUGCCACGAUUUCUCUCACGCCUCAAAGGCCGAGAGAACCGGAAGAAGCAGCGACUUAAUCUUCAGGGAGUCUCAGACUCUCUUACACAGAAGCCAAAAUGGGAUGAUGCCUACACACGGCCAUCUGUUGAGCCGGAGGAAAUUCAUGACUUGUUGCACAUCUGCACGGCCGAGCUCAAGGCGCGUGGCCUCGACAUUCCCUUCUUACUCCUCCCGUAUCGACCAACAUCCAAUCCUAGUGCCGUCCGCACUUUCAUUAGACGCUUCUUCGACGACAACUUCGCUCUGAAAGGGGAUAUCUUGGUACAAGAGUUACGCAUGACCGAACCAAUGGUCAUCUCGGGCGUAGUGAAGUGGUGCUGGAGCCGCAUUUCGGGCGGUGUUGUCGGCUGGGAUGCCUACGAAUUAUUCAAAAUUGGGGAAAGCGAUUCGCGUAUGGCGAGAGAUUCUUUUAAAACUUUUAUCCCCCUAAGUGUCGAAAGCGGAGCUCGACAGCGCAUCAUUUUCGACUUCUUUGAGUUAACGGCAGCCAUUGUUGCCCACGGCAAGAUCAAUGGCUUCGGUGGACGUCAAUUGCCUCGAAUGGCUGCUUGGUGGGCGUUCGAGCAGAGAGAUACGGGCAGUGGUUUUGAUGGUGGCUACAGGGCAUGGCAGAAGGCAGCCAAUGCCACCACCCACCUUUUUUUCGCCUAUCUGCGAUCUCUUACUCCGGAAGAAGGCCUCACCGGAAUCACUUUGCUUCCUAGAUCGCUGGAGAAGCUGCUCAAUGAAACCGAGUACCCGCCGCGAACUCCGGCCGCACUUGUAUCCAGGACUAAUAAACUGGUCAUGUUGGUCGACACUGUCUCGCCGACGCCUUUUGCCUUGCUUCGCCGAGCCGGCCAUUUUCAGUAUCGCGACUCUGAUCCUGCCUUGCAACAAUUUUCCGACUAUGACGACCCGGUACAGGCAUUGACCGAGGAGUGCCUUCGAGUGUUGCGCGCCAUUUCUGCUGCAAACGAAUCUCAGGUCUCUAGUGUGAAGCACUCGACCAGCCUGCGUGAUGCGUCAUGGUCACGAUUCGAGGACAUUGGUUUUGCGGGCUCUGUUGAGGAAGAACCUCACGUCGAAGACAGCAACGCCGCUGCUCAACACAAGCCAGUGCAAGCGCUUCGGAGCACACCUGCGUCUGGGACCGAUUUCGGCCGCCCCACGACACCAUCCUGGGCUGACUUCCUCUCAUCCGGCUUCGUUGAUGAGAACGGGGCUCCUUCGAACGUCAUCCUCCCCCCUGACAAGGUGCUGCCUCCUAUUGAAACCCAGAUUAGACAGCAAAGCUCACAGUCGCACCGUCCGAGACUGGAGAACACCACCAACCUGCAGCCCGGUGAGCUUGCAAGCAUUGCUGUAAUGGACCUUGACAAUGCAUUCUGGUGGGUAUGGAUGAACAGCUUAGCUCCGGAGGAAACGUCCCAACGCAAAUCCGCUUUUGGCCGCUGUGCUGUCAUUGAGACAAAGGUCGCAGGUGGUAGCUGGCUCGUUAUGGAGGAAAUGAUUGCAGGCGCUGCUCCAGAGCCGGACAAGGGAGCCUAUAUUGCUGAAAAGAAAGGCCUGUUUAGCUGGACCAAGCGCGGCAGAAGUAUGGGUCGCCGUAAGUCGGUCGGGAAGCCUGCUCAUGGUCAUGGUGAUAAAACAGCCUCGAACAACUUCGGGAGCAGCAAAACCACUAUUGGCCCAGAGACCCAUGCCAAAGUCCAAGCCAAGGCAGCCCAGAUGCGUGCCGUCAAAGAGAAUGAGCAGUUGGCUGCAUCACGGCGCGGCAGAACUGAUGAAACAACGCCAGAGAAGACGACGAGUGUGCUUUUUCUGCAGCCCAGCCUUGCCCCUGAAGCUAUUUCUGCCAUGAGAUGGACGAGAAAGUACGACAAGGGCACCAUCAAGGAUGCGUACAUGGCUAACAAUAGUGCCGGUCGUGGAAUUGCGACGUCUUCACCAACCACUGAAGGGACCCGUGGUGUUGUUGCCACAAAUAGCAACGGCCAUAUUGGUGACAAAAAAACAGAUUUGCCGAUUAAAGAUAACACGCCCGUCGCGAUGGUACCUACUCCCCCGCCUAAGCCAGAGGUCAAGCAAGCUGAUCCUCAAACAACGGAGCCGGCGGUGGAGGAGGUUGACCCCCCAGUCCCAGCGCCCAAGGAUACUGGUAUGCCAGUCACCCCUGUGGCGCAUUCAGUUCCAGACGUUGAGAAUCACACACCUGGGAUGGGUACUCAAAAGGGCGCAUUCCAAGCAGACAAGGAGAAAUUGGGAUUAAGAAGAAAAUUGUUGAAGCGCAAGAACCGAGCAUCCAAGGUCCCUGAGAGCGCUUCCUCCCAUCUGGAGAACACGUCACAGGAGGAAGAAGGCGUUGCCGAAAGGUCGACUCGCAUGUCUGACGUAGCCGAGUCUCCUGCACCAGAGGAGGCAGCCCCAGUUGAUAUUCCGGUUCGAGAAUCUCAUGAUACGCCAGAGCCAUCUCGUUUCGCAGAAGUUACGAGAGAGGCUCGCCCUGCUGUUGAGAAUAUAGAGCCAAUCUACGACCCUUCAGCUGGCACGGAUCUGUCGCCUAUUGAUGCAGACGACGCAGCUGAGGCCAAGCACGAAUUCGCUCGAUUCGACCAAGGCCCUCUCGCAGAUCAGCCAGCCUUCGUCCCCAACGAUGACGAUGCUACUCCACCGAUAGCACGCUACCCCAUGUCCAAAGAAGGCAGCAGCAACAAGAACAAACCUCAGGAGCCGGUUGAGACACUGAGUCAGAGCGCUGGCCCCGGGGUUCAAGACCGUUGGGCUCAAAUUCGCAAGAAUGCGGCGCAGAGAGCUGCUGGUCGCGCCAAAGAUGACAUUCCUCGACCCAAGACGACCUCGGGCGACGAUGAUGACACCAGUGCAGAAGAGACCAUUGAGUCUCGCGUUGCCCGAAUCAAAGCCCGCGUUGCCGAGCUCACCGGCAACAUGGAAACUGGUAACGGCUCUCAGCUGCCCUUAGCCGGGAGAUCUUAG